AUUCUCCGCAACACAAGCCGAGCUCGCGCAAAGCCCAAACAUCCGAGGCUCAAUAGACAGGUGACAUACAAGUAGCACGUAUCCAUAAUCCGGGGCGCCUUCAAAACCCAUGGACCUACCAACUUUAUCGAUACCUCCGAAUCCAUCCAUGCUCCUAUACGACUCUUCCGCACGUGGAAUCUGACCUACAAAAUCACGCGACAACAUUCGAUGCCUUGAGACUAAAGCUCUUUCCGACAAACAUCCUCUCUUGACGCUGCGACCGACCCUCUCUUUACGGUUCUUUUGCCGAGGCUUGGGCACAAGAUGGCCAUGUCAUCUUCACUGGAAGUGCUAAAGAACACGCUGGAGGAGAUUGUCAAGGACCCGCGAUACCAUGAUCUCUUGUCCUUAGUCAAGACGGCGCGCAAUGGUAUUAUCUACGGAACCAAGGUGCGGUUUCCGCAUGCGCUGGUGAUGGUGUUUCUCUUCCGCUCUGGAACAUUCCCGCAGAAAGUAAACCUAGUCCUUCGAGCGACAAGACAUCACGCAACGAACCUGGCGCGCUUUGCCCUUAUUUAUAAGCUGACCAUGCUUGCGCUCAAAUACUUUGGCGCAGAGCCUGGAAAGGAGGGAACAUAUGACUCCUUCGUUGGUGGCCUUGUGGGCGGAUAUUUCGUCUUCGGCGGCCGUUCCAAGCGUACGGGAAAGAUCUCAUCGGUCAACCAGCAGAUCGUCAUCUACGUCUUUGCGCGAGUGAUGCUCGCACUCGCACGUAUCGCCGUGAAGCCAGGUCACGGAUUCCCAUUCGUAUCAUCCGAACCUCUCCAUGGAGUCAUUAAUCAAUAUGCCUGGCCUGCAUUCGCGUCGCUCUCGUGGGCUAUGGUGAUGUUGAUCUUCCGAUACCACCCCGAGGAGCUGCAGUCGAGCUUGAGAAGCAGUAUGACGUACAUUUAUAAGGACUGCAACGACUUUGACUCGCUCCGGACUUUGCUUUGGCAUAACAAAUAGACGAUGGCUCUUCGGUCGGUUAGUUGGUUUGGCGUUGGGCGUGAGAGGUGCUCGAUAAUUUUGCAUAUCGGGAUUCAUUGUUUUAGCAUUGCAGUCGUCAUAGGACGGAACCCUGGGUUUUUAGGAAGCAUGAGUAGACAUGGAUACAUGGAACGAUAGAGGUGAAUCUGUCCUCUUUGUAGGUUAGGAAUAUAUAUCAAUGCAAACAUUGAAUGUCAUACCAUACACUC